AUCAUCCUUCUUAACCACCAAGAAACACACAGAAGACCAACAAAACACCAUCUGUGGACAUUGGAUUGCUUUAUUAUUGGUUUAAAAAGUUUUAAAUGAGAAAGGACGCUGAGGAGAAGAAGGGGAUUCAUCUACGAACAGCAUACCCUAAUGAAUGACUGAGGAUAUACAGUGUGGACCUUUUACAUCUACUCAAGACAUCUUCACAUUGAGUAAUUGACUCUCUUUAACUUGCAAGAAACCUUUAACUUCUGUAAGAAAAGUUUAGUCUGGGUUUUUUUGGAAACAUUCUUUCAGACCGACAGCUUUUCUUAAGUUUCUUCAGCGACUAUGCCGUCAACAGGUCUUCAGCUGCUGGGUUUGGUCCUGGCUGUGCUGGGUUGGGUGUGUGGGGCACUGGUGUGUGCGGCUCCUCUGUGGCGUGUGUCUGCCUUCGUAGGUGGGGAGCUGGUUAUUGCCCAGGUUUUGUGGGAAGGACUGUGGAUGAACUGCCUGUCUCAGACCACGGGCCACAUCCAGUGUAAGAACUAUGACUCCACCUUAGCCCUGUCCAAGUCUGCCCAAGCUGCCCGGGCCCUCACUGUUAUCUCCCUGCUGCUCUGCCUACUGGCCCUUAUGCUCGGGGUGGCAGGAGCCAAAUGUACUCACUGCAUGGGUGAUGGUAACCAGGCCUCCAAGGCGCGUCUUGCUAGGAUAGCAGGGGUGCUCUUCCUUGUGGCUGGCCUGGCCUACUUGAUACCCAUCUGCUGGACUGCCUAUGCGAUAAUCAAGGACUUCUAUGAUCCAAAUGUUGCAGCACCUUUAAAAAGAGAGUUGGGACCAGCACUCUACUUGGGCUGGGGGGCUAGUGUGCUUCUCCUGCUGGGGGGUGCUCUGCUGCAUGUCGGCUCCUCUCCAGCAGGAGGACGAGCGCUGCCUGUUUACGGAGGAGCAGCAAAGGACAACACACGUACAGGGGCAGCAGGAGAGGUGAAGCAACAGGAAAAAUCAUUCGUAUAAGAUGAUUUUAUUGGACAUAUGAGAUUCGAACAAACAUGAAAGUCACAACUUUGUCAGAAAAGCCUGUGGAAAUUGCAAGGUGUCAAUACACUACGAAUACUCAGCCUGUAUUGUGUGCUAUGUUGGUUAUGUUAUGAGGCUGAGUUAAUCAAUUCAAUAAUAAGUAUCUAAGGGUUUCUAAUAGAACACUAUUUUGUGCUUCACUUUGUGUCAGCGUGGGUGUUGAAAUGAGAUGUGGGAGGAUUUUAGAUGUUUAGAUGGUUACUAAUGUGUGUGACUUACAUUUCUCAAAUUCCACUCUGCCUCUGCUUGUGUGUUUGUGUUUGUGUAUGUGUGUGUGUGUGCGUGAGUGAGUGAGUGGGUGAUCUGUGUACAGAAGGUCAGUGUACAUAGUAUAGCUGUGUAUGUUGAUGUGUUCACCAAAAAUGUGUGUGGGCAGUCAAAGCACUGCUCUUUUUCUGAUGUACUUUUUUAAGGUUUUUGUGUAUUUGGGGGUUUCUAAGCUAAUUUUUACCCUUUAAAGAGGUUGUUUUUUCUGUUCUUAUUUAUUUCUUUAUUCUUGUUUACAUUUGUUUUUACUGUGGUUCUGUAAUAUAGAUUUUAUCCCCUU